AGUUAAAUAAAGUGAAAUAAAGUGAAUAAAGCCGACUUUAGGUUCGAGAUGCCGGCCACGGACAAGGACCUGGCGGACGACGCUCCCUGGAAGCGGAUCCAGCAGAACACCUUCACGCGCUGGACCAACGAGCACCUGAAGUGCGUCAACAAGCGGAUCGGGGACCUGCAGCUGGACCUGGGGGACGGGCUCCGGCUCAUCUCGCUGCUGGAGGUCCUGAGCCACAAGAAGAUGUACAGCAGGUCCCACCAGAGGCCCACCUUCCGCCAGAUGAAGCUGGAGAACGUGUCGGUGGCGCUCGAGUUCCUGGAGAAGGAGAAGAUCAAGCUGGUCUCCAUAGACUCUAAAGCCAUCGUGGACGGGAACCUGAAGCUGAUCCUGGGUCUGAUCUGGACUCUGAUCCUGCACUACUCCAUCUCCAUGCCGCCCUGGGAGGGCGAGGACGGAGAGGCGGAGUCAAAGACACCGAAGCAGCGUCUGCUGGGCUGGAUCCAGAACAAAGUCCCCGAUAUGCCCAUCACCAACUUCAGCCAGGACUGGAGGAGCGGCAAGGCACUGGGAGCACUGGUGGACAGCUGUGCUCCAGGCCUGUGUCCGGACUGGGAGACCUGGGAUCCAGUGAAACCAGUAGAGAACGCCACCGAGGCCAUGAAGCUGGCUGACGACUGGCUGGGCAUCCCGCAGGUGAUCCGUCCAGAGGAGAUCAUUAACCCCAACGUGGACGAACAGUCGGUGAUGACCUACCUGUCCCAGUUCCCCAAAGGAAAACUGAAGCCAGGAGCUCCACUUAAACCCAAACUCAACCCCAAGAAGGCCCGCGCAUACGGCCCAGGUAUCGAGCCGACGGGGAACAGAGUGCUGCGUCCCGCCGUCUUCACCGUGGACACGUUCAGCGCCGGCCAGGGUCAGGUGACCAUCUACCUGGACCACCCCGACGGCACCCGGGAGGAGCUGAAGGCGGAGCCCAACGAGGGCAAGAAGACGUUCAGCGUCACGUACAUUCCUCAAGUUGUUGGAAGUCACAAGGUGACGGUGAUGUUCGCAGGCCAGCAGAUUCCCAAGAGUCCGUUCGAGGUGAGCGUGGACAAGGCGCUGGGCGACGCCUCCAAGGUCACGGUCAAAGGCCUGGGCAUCGAACCCGUGGGCAACAUCGCCAACAAACCCACGUACUUCGACAUCUACACUGCAGGCGCCGGUACGGGAGACGUGACGGCGAUGAUCCGAGACCCUCAGGGGCGCCAGAACAGCGUGGAGGUGAUGAUGGAGGAUAAGGGCGACAGCACCUACCGCUGCACCUACAAACCCACGCAGCCCGGCCCGCACACCGUCACCGUCACCUUCGGGGGCGCCGCCAUCCCCAGGAGCCCCUUCAGCGUGGACGUGGGCCCCGCGUGCGUGCCCGGGGCCUGCAGGGCGACGGGGCGGGGUCUGCAGCCGUCAGGACUCCGGAUGAAGCAGGUCGGAGACUUCAAGGUGGACACCAGGAACGCCGGCAGUGGAGAGCUGAAGGUGGUGGUGAAAGGACCCAAGGGCCUGGAGGAGCCGGUGAAGCUGGUCUCCAGUCAGGACGGCGUGUUCUCCUACGAGUAUUAUCCCAACAGUCCCGGCAAAUACACCGUCUCCAUCACCUGGGGAGGCCAGCACAUCCCCAAGAGUAUGUUCGAUGUGUCCGUGGGUCAGGAGGCGGGGCCUCAGCAGAUCCGGGCGUGGGGUCCCGGCCUGGAGGGAGGCAUUGUGGGUAAACCCGCCAAAUUUGUGGUGGAGUCUGUCGGCACCGACGUCGGAGUGCUGGGUUUCGCCAUCGAAGGACCGUCUCAGGCGAAGAUCGAGUGCGAGGAUCAGAACGACGGCUCGUGUGACGUCUGUUAUUGGCCCACGGAGCCCGGAGAGUACGCCGUCCACGUGACCUGCGACGAGGAGGACAUCGAGCUCAGCCCCUACAUGGCAACCAUCGUCCCCGACAACGGCAACAACCACGCCGACAAGGUCCAGGCUGACGGGCCGGGCCUCCAGAAGACCGGCUGCCUCUUCAACCAACCGGCCGAAUUCACCGUCAACGCCAAGGACGCCGGGACCGGACCUCUGAAGAUCACGGCUCAGGAUGCGGAGGGCCUCCCGGUGGAGGUGAAGGUUCGCAGUAAAGGCGACGGUCUGUUCUCCUGCUGCUACACGCCGGCGUCUCCUCUCAAACACACCGUGUCCGUGGCGUGGGGCGGAGUCAGCGUCCCCAACAGCCCCUUCAGGGUGAACGUGGGUAAAGGCAGCCACCCCAAGAUGGUGAAGGUGUUCGGUCCUGGAGUGGAGAAAACCGGACUGAAGGCCAACGAGCCCACACACUUCACCGUGGACUGUUCAGGAGCUGGAGACGGUGACGUCAGCGUGGGUAUAAAGUGUGACGCCAACAUGGUCGGGGACAAAGAGGCGGACGUGGACUUUGACAUCAUCCCCAACGCCAACGACACGUUCACGGUUAAAUACGUUCCUCCUGCUGCUGGAAGACUCACUGUUAAAGUCCUGUUCACUGACCAGGAAGUUCCUCAGAGCCCCUUCACUGUCAAAGUGGAGCCUUCUCACGACGCAUCGAAGGUGAAAGCAGAAGGUCCUGGACUGGCUCGUACAGGUGUGGAGAGCGGUAAGCCGACUCAUUUCACCGUGUUGACUAAAGGAGCAGGUAAAGCUCCACUGGACGUUUCCUUCUCCUCCCCCGUCAACGACUACGACAUCAUCGACAACUACGACUACUCCCAGACCGUCAAAUACACACCUGUACAACAGGGUGAGCAGACCAUCACCGUGACGUUCGGAGGAGAUCCCAUCUCCAAGAGUCCGUUCACGGUGGGCGUCGCUGCUCCGCUGGACCUGAGCAGAGUCAACGUGGACGACCUGGAAGGAAGAGCGGAGGUCAAUCAGGAGCAGCAGUUUAAGGUGGACACUAAGGGUGCAGGAGGUCAGGGUCGCCUGGAGGUGGCAGUGCUGAGUCCCAGCCAGCAGGCGGUGAGGUGUAAAGUGGAGCCUCAGGCCGGGAAGGCCGACGUCAGUCUGGUCCGUUUCACCCCGACGGAGGAGGGCGUCCACGCCGUCAACGUGUCCUACGACGGACACCCGGUCCCUGGGAGCCCCUUCCCCGUCGACGCCCAGCUGCCUCCAGACCCCAGCAAGGUGAAGGCGUUCGGCCCCGGGCUGAAGGGGGGCCUGGUGGGAAACCCUGCAGAGUUCACCAUCGACACCAAGGGCGCCGGCACCGGCGGUCUGGGUCUGACGGUGGAGGGGCCGACCGAGGCCAAGAUCGAGUGUUCGGACAACGGGGACGGGACCUGCUCCGUGUCCUACCUGCCCACCGAGCCCGGAGACUACGUGGUCAACAUCCUGUUCGAGGAGGUCCACAUCCCCGGCUCGCCCUUCAAAGCCAACGUCCAGAUGCCCUUCGACCCCUCGAAGGUGGUGGCGUCGGGGUCGGGCCUGAAGAGAGGCAAGGUUGGAGAGACCAGUGUGGUGAACGUGGACUGUUCCCGGGCCGGAUCGGGAGAACUCAGUCUGGAGGCGGCGCUCGACUCCCCUCCCACCAGUCCCACCAGUCUGACCAGUCCGACCGGCUCGGCACCUCGUUCUGGUGUAGCAGCGAAGACGGAGGUGUUGGACAACAGGGACGGGACCUACACGGUGACCUACGUCCCGCUGACCGCCGGCAUGUUGACGCUGCGUCUGAAGUACGGCGGCGUGGCGGUCCCCGGGUUCCCCGCCAAGGUCACGGUGGACCCCGCCGUCGACACGUCCAAGGUCAAAGUGUUCGGACCCGGAGUGGAGAGACAAGGAGUUUUCAGAGAAGCGACCACGGAGUUCACGGUGGACGCUCGUCCUCUGACGCGGCGAGGAGGCGACCACCUGACGGCGGAGGUCAGGAACCCGUCCGGAGCGCUGACGGACUGUCAGGUCAGCGACAAGGCGGACGGGACGUACAGCGUGGAGUACACGCCGUUUGAGAACGGCGACCACAGCGUCCAGGUCCUCUACCAGGACACGCCGGUCCCCAAGAGCCCGUUCAGGGUCUCAGUGUCGGAGGGAUGCGACCCCACCAGGGUGGUGGCCAGCGGCCCCGGCCUCCAGCAGGCUCUCACCGACAAACCCAACCACUUCAGCAUCAUCACCAGGGGGGCGGGUAUCGGCGGUCUGGGCAUCACGGUGGAGGGGCCGUCAGAGUCCAAGAUGUCGUGUAAAGACAACAAAGAUGGCAGCUGCAGCGUGGAGUACGUUCCCUUCAGCCCCGGCCUCUACGACGUCAACAUCACCUACGGAGGAGAGCACAUCCCCGGAAGUCCAUUUAAGGUCCCAGUGAAGGACGUGGUGGACUCCAGUAAGGUGAAGGUGUCGGGUCCCGGCGUGGGGUCAGGGGUCAGGGCCAAUAUCCCACAAUCCUUCACUGUGGACUGCAGGAAGGCGGGCGCGGCGCCGCUGUCCGUGGCCGUCACGGCCCCUAAAGGCGUGGCGGAGCCGGUGGCGGUGACGGACAACGGGGACGGGACUCACCUGGUGUCCUACACGCCGUCGGGGGAGGGGCCGUACUCUGUGGCCGUCAGGUACGCCGAGGAGGACGUCCCCCGCAGUCCCUUCAAGUUUCGUGUUCUGCCGACUCACGAUGCCAGUAAAGUCCGAGCCAGCGGUCCCGGGCUGACCAGCGGCGUUCCCGCCAGCUUCCCCGUCGAGUUCAACAUCGACGCCAAGGACGCCGGCCAGGGUCAACUGAGCGUGCUCAUUACAGACCAGGACGGCAAACCGAAGCAGCCCACCAUCCGAGACAACGGUGACGGGACGUACGGCGUGUCGUAUAUUCCCGACCGUACGGGACGCUACACUAUCGUCAUUAAGUACGGAGGAGACGACAUCCCCGCCUCGCCGUAUAGAGUCCGCGCCACGGCAACCGGAGACGCCAGCAAGUGCACCGUCACCGGUGCAGGCGUGGGCCCCACGGUGGCCAUCGGCGAGGAGCUGGGCCUGGUGGUCAACGCUAAGGCUGCUGGGAAAGGGAAGGUGAGCUGCGUGGUGGUGCAGCCCGACGGCAGCGAGGUGGAGGCCGAGGUGAUGGAGAACGAGGACGGCACCUUCGACAUCUUCUACACCGCGCCGGCGCCCGGCAACUACGUCAUCUACGUCCGCUUCGGAGGGGAGAACAUCCCACGAAGUCCCUUCAAAGUCAUGGCGACUGAUGAGGAACCUCUGAUAGCAGCGCAGACCGUUCAGCAGUCUCGGGCCCCCGGCUCCCGGGUGACUCCAGGACGCUACGUCGACCGCGACAGCAGCAGCGUCAACGGCAGCGGCUUCAGGCCGUUCGACAUGGUGAUACCGUUCUCCUUCAAGAAGGGAGAGAUCACAGGUGAGGUGCUGAUGCCUUCAGGUAAAUCAGCUCAGCCGGAGAUCUCCGACAACCGGGACGGGACCGUCACCGUCCAGUACUCUCCCACCGAGGCCGGCCUGCACGAGAUGCACAUCAAGUACAACGGCACACACAUCCCAGAGUCUCCUCUUCAGUUCUACGUGAAUCACGCCAGCAGUCCCAACGUCACGGCCUACGGGCCCGGCCUGAGCUACGGGGUCGCCAACAAGACCGCCACCUUCACCGUCUUCACUGAGGACGCCUCCGAAGGGGGUCUGGACCUGGCCAUCGAGGGUCCCUCUAAAGCAGACAUCAGCUGUGUGGACAACAAGGACGGGACGUGCAGCGUCAGCUACCUGCCCACUCUACCUGGAGACUACAACAUCCUGGUCAAAUACAACGACAAACACAUCGCAGGCAGCCCGUUCACCGCCAGGAUCACAGAGGACAACCAGCGCCGCUCGCAGGUCAAACUGGGCUCUGCAGCUGAUUUCCCUCUGGACAUCAACGAGUCGGACCUCAGUCUGCUGACCGCCAACAUCAAGGCGCCGUCCGGCCGCGAGGAGCCCUGCCUGCUGAAGAGGCUCGCCAACAACCACAUCGGUAUCUCCUUCAUCCCGCGGGAGGUGGGUGAGCACCAGGUGAGCAUCCUGAAGAACGGGCGCCACGUCCCCAACAGCCCCAUCAGCAUCAUGGUGGUCCAGUCUGAGAUCGGAGACGCCAGCCAGGUCCGAGCUCACGGAGACGGCCUGCUGCAGGGGAACACCUUCACCAACGCCAGCUUCGUGGUCGACACGCGGGACGCCGGUUAUGGCGGCCUGGCUCUGUCCAUCGAGGGUCCCAGUAAGGUGGACAUCCAGACGGAGGACCUGGAGGACGGGACCUGUGGCGUCUCUUACUGUCCCACUGAGCCGGGGAACUACAUCGUCUCAAUCCGCUUCGCAGAGGAACACGUCCCAGGAAGUCCGUUCACGGUGCAGGUGACAGGUGAGGGUCGUAUCCGGGAGAGCAUCACCCGGAGACAGAAGGCGGCGUCUGUUGCCAGCGUGGGGAGCGUGUGUGACCUCAGUCUGAAGAUACCAGCGAUCGACAUGCAGGACGUCUCCGCUGAGGUCACGUCCCCCUCCGGGUCCCGCCAGCCGGCCGAGCUGGUCCCGGCGGGCAGCGACACCUACUGCGUGCGCUUCGUUCCCACGGAGAUGGGCGUGCACAGCGUCAGCGUCAGGUACCGCGGCCUCCACGUCCCCGGGAGCCCCUUCCAGUUCACCGUGGGGCCGUUGGGGGAGGGCGGGGCCAACAAGGUCCGAGCAGGAGGACCAGGACUGGAGGGAGCUCAGGCAGGAGAACCAGCUGAGUUCAGUAUCUGGACCAGGGAGGCGGGUGCUGGUGGUCUGGCUAUAGCCGUGGAGGGUCCCAGCAGGGCGGAGAUCUCCUUCGAGGACCGUAAAGACGGAUCCUGUGGAGUCUCUUACAUCGCUCAGGACCCUGGUGAUUAUGAGAUCUCGGUGAAGUUCAACGAGCAGCACAUCCCUGACAGCCCGUACCUGGUUCCUGUGGUCGCUCCGGCCAACGACGCCCGCCGCCUCACUGUUACCGGCCUUCAGGAGUCUGGUCUGAAGGCCAAUCACCCAGCAUCCUUUGCGGUGCGUCUGAACGGAGCCCAGGGCAAGAUGGAGGCCAAAGUCCACAGCCCGUCUGGAGCUCUGGAGGAGUGUGUUGUCACGGAGCUGGAAAGAGAUAAGUACGCAAUCCGGUUCAUCCCCAGGGAGAACGGCAUCCACACCAUCGACGUCAAGUUCAACGGCUCUCACAUCCCAGGAAGUCCUUUCCAGGUCCGGGUCGGAGAACCAGGACAGACAGGAGAACCCGGUCUGGUCACAGCGUACGGAGCUGGACUGGAGAAAGGCACCGCAGGUAACCAGUCAGAGUUCAUCAUUAACAACAGUAAGGCGGGCCCCGGGGCCCUGGCCGUGACCAUCGAGGGGCCCUCCAAGGUAAAGAUGGACUGUAAGGAGGUCCCAGAAGGCUACAAGGUCCAGUACACUCCCAUGGCGCCUGGAAACUACCUGAUCAGCAUCAAAUAUGGAGGACCGAACCACAUCAACAACAGUCCCUUCAAGGCCAAAGUCACAGGCCCUCGGCUGGUGAAUGUGACCAACGCCAGCGAGACGUCCACCCUGACGGUGGAUCCAGCCGUGCGGCGCUCCAGCAGCAGCAGCAGCAGCCAGAGCGCCGCACCCUGGCUGGGCCCCUCCGACGCCAGCAAGGUGACCAGCCGAGGCCCCGGCCUCAGCAAGGCCUUCGUGGGCCAGAGGAGCAACUUCUCUGUCGACUGCAGCAAGGCUGGUAAGAACAUGCUCCUGGUGGGGGUGCACGGCCCUCAGGUGCCCUGUGAGGAGGUUCUGGUCAAACACCUGGGGAACCUGCAGUACAACGUGAGCUACAUGCUGAAGGAGCGAGGCAACUACGUCCUGGUGGUGAUGUGGGGCAACGACCACGUCCCGGGCUCGCCGUUCCAGGUCACCGUCCCAUGAGGCACCAGGGAACCUGCCGGCACUCCUCCUGCACCAUUUUGCAUCCCUGUUGCACUGUAGAUUACUGUGCAAUGAGCAAGUUUAUGUGUACAUUUCACUUUCAGAUGUGUUUAAAUCACAAGUAUAAAGGAUUUCCAGCCCUGACACUAUUGAUCUGUUUUUCAAUCUGCCAAACUACACUUUAAAAACUUAACACUUCAGAAAUUCAAAACACUAAAUGAAAUUAAAGAAAAAACUAAGGGAAGAGAAAAUGAACACAUCCAUGAAUGGAGACUUGGUACUCUGUUAAUUGGACACUUUGGACACUUUUCUGCAGGGAGUCAGGGAGGCAAAAUGGUAAAAUAAACUGUAAUCUGGCCUAAACUGGAGCUGUCAAGUAAAUAGAGAGAAAUGAUCGGACUCAGAGAGAAAUUAUCACUUGACAAAUUUUGCACUUAACGAUAGUUUUUUAUACUUGAUUGGUAAAUGAAAGAUUGCUUGACAUAGUUUAGUGAGAACGUCCCACCACAACAGCUUGGUGUCGCUGCGUGUUUCCAAAACUAAAUUUGGACAGAGCCAAAUAUAAUAUCUAAAUAACUGGAAUCACACAGCACUUUGCUUCAGGUUCCACCUCGCCAGGAACAAAAUGAAAAAGACAUAUUUAGCCUGGACUUCUGUGAGGUUUCUUAGUGGUUUCAUUGUGUUUCACUGUGUACCAGAGAGCUAAAUAACCUGCUUUUUCUUCUGUAUCCUACCAUUUUUUCAACAAAAUUUUAAAGUUCUUUGAACAAAACAUAAACUUAACAUAUCAAAUAAAAGCAGAAAACUGGAAUUAUGUGUUUGGUUAAUUGUCAGUAUGAUGUUUCUUUAAUGUGUGGACGAACAGACUACUGAUGUUUAUUGUUGAUUUCUUGGCUCCCAGAAUCCCAUGAGUACAUAUUGUUGCCAUAACUAAUCAAUGCCUGUUAAAGCUGCCUUCACUACUGUUUCUGCACUGUAUAACACACUACUUAAUUAUGUGCAAACGUUUUGGGUUUAUCGCUGUUCUCUUGUUUCUUCAACUGUAUUUUCUCAUGAGCAGAUCUGACUAGAGUAUAAAUCAUGUUAUUGACAUUCAUCAAAGUCUCUCUAUCAUCUCAAUAUUUCUCUUCCAGCGAUACUCCACAUCAGAGUGUGUUUGAUUGUACUUUCACUGUAAAGUCAAUCACUGCAUUAAAUGCUAAACUAUUGCAUUAUAAUCAGAUCUGAGCUGGAAAAUUAAAGGUCAGAUUUCUGGUUUAUAUCCUGUAUAAAAUCAGGAUCAAUGUCUUUAUCUCUUUCCUGGAUGCCGUUGCCUAAUCAUUGCUACUUUUGAUACAUAGGGGAUUCAAGCUUUUUUGUAUGGGGAAAAAGAACUUCUUGUUUUGUAUUAGGGGAACGGGUGUUUUAAUGUGAAACUAAACCCUGAGAUGAUGUACAUUUGAUAAUUAAAAUAAACUGGAAUUAAGAUAA